GAGAGAGAGAGAGAGAGAGAGAGAGAGAGAGAGAGAGAGAGAGAGAGAGAGAGAGAGAGAGAGAGAGAGAGAGAGAGAGAGAGAGAGAGAGAGAGAGAGAGAGAGAGAGAGAGAGAGAGAGAGAGAGAGAAUGAGAGAGAGAGAGAGAGAGAGAGAGAGAGAGAGAGAGAGAGAGAGAGAGAGAGAGAGAGAGAGAGAGAGAGAGAGAGAGAGAGAGAGAGAGAGAUACGGAGGGAGAUGGAGGGAGACAGAGAUACAGAGGGAGAAAGAGGGAGACAGAGGGAGACAGAGGGAGACAGAGGGGAGAGGGAGAGGGAGAGGGAGAGGGAGAGGGAGAGGGAGAGGGAGAGGGAGAGGGAGAAGGAGAGGAGAGAGAGAGAGGAGAGGAGAGGAGAGGAGAGGGAGAGGGAGAGGGAGAGGGAGAGGGAGAGGGAGAGGGAGAGGGAGAGGGAGAGGAAGAACAGGGAGAGAGAGAGCAGGGGAGAGAGAGAGCAGGGGGAGAGAGAGAGAGAGAGAGAGAGAGAGAGAGAGAGAGAGAGAGAGAGAGAGAGCAGGGGGAGAGAGAGAAGCAGGGGAGAGAGAGAGAGAGAGAGAGAGAGAGAGAGAGAGAGGCAGGGGGAGAGAGAGAGAGAGCAGGGGAGAGAGAGCAGGGGAGAGAGAGAGAGAGCAGGGGGAGAGAGAGAGAGAGAGAAGGGGGAGAGAGAGCAGGGGGAGAGAGAGAGAGAAGGGGGAGAGAGAGAGCAGGGAACAAAUGAUGUCCUCAUGCUGGGACGGUCCGGGGCUUAG